ACGUAUGAAGGCGCUGGACAAUGAGCGAAUUAGAUGCUUUGCCAUGCAAGUAUUAUGUUCCUAUAAAGGAGUCCCAAAAUUUAAUCCACAGGAAUCAUAUCCAACAAUUUGAAGUAGUAGCUGUUUUUUGUUUUUGUUUUUAAGCAAGCUUGGCUUUCCACAGUUUUGUUUCUUUAACUUUCCGUAUUCUUAUUAAAUAGUAAGGUAGAGUAGCCUAGCCUACCAACCCCCCUAGAUUAGAUGACAUUCUAGGAGUAGCCUACACUUUUAAUAACGUCAUCUGAUUUUUAUUUAUUUUUUAAUACCAGCUAAUUCGAAAUACACUUACAUUUUAAGUGUUUUUUAUCAUUCUGUCAUUUGAAUUAAUCGAUUUCUUAUUCCGUCUUAAUUCCGCAUUUUCCUCGUAUUUGACAAGUCGCCAAAAGCGCAAACCGUUUGGAAUAUUUUGUGAGAAUUAUUGGUAUGAGACAAUCUUGAUGAACAUUUUUCCUGCAGCAUCACGAAGACUUUAAGACGCUUCUAAAGACGACAAAGACUGUAAAAUAAAUAUAAUAACAACAUUAGUAGCAGGCUACUAUUUGAUGUCGUUCGCCACCAUUCCUGGCUCAUUCUGACAGAUUGAGUUUCCAUGGUAAAUUGAAUAAAAGAAAGCAGUAAACUUCUCGCUUAACCAUCUUCCACCAUCAAAGGGUCAGUCUGCCAGAGAACCAUUUUUAUAAAUCGUUUGAAUAACAUUGCUCCUAGGUUAGCGUGCAGUUCCGAAGUGAACACUAUACUGAAGUCAGUGUCAUGAAAGUCCUUCGCCCUCGACCCCAGGAGCUUUAAAGAAGUGUUUUGAACAUGAAAUUAACAUCCCUUACGUAAAGCGUCAUUUUUUAUAUGUUAAAAGUGUCUUUAUUAAAUGCACAGUGUCAAACGGUGUGUUCCUGUGCGGGUUGUUGUGGGGCUGGGGCGUAUGGCUUGUUAGUCCGAGCUCAGUGUGCCGUAGGUUGAUCGUGCUUUUACAUAAGUGUGUUUUUCCUAUUUCCGACGGUUAAGUAACUGCGCGUGCAUCAGUGCAAGGCUCCAGAUUUUUACUGAUAUAUUUUAACUCAAGGAAAUUGUCUUUUGAGUCCUGCCUACCAAUGACACGUAUGGAAAACGAGUAACUUUGACAUUUUUUAUAUUUGGGAAGUCUGUGUAUUCUUGUUAAAUUUAAUUUUACGCGAAAUCUUUUGGUAGCCCAUUGGAUGAAUUUUGUGUUUGGCUUUGUGGAUGUUUUGCCUUGAACAUACUUUUACGUUUGUGAUGCUGGAUGUUGAAUUUAACUUCAGAUGAAGUACUUCAUCUAAUGGCUGGAUGUUGGUUGGUUAGAAACACGAUGGAACGAUUCGGUUGGCACACUGUAUUUUACAUUUUUAAAUUGUUUAUAAGUGAAAGAUGAAUCCUUUUGCGGUAUAGCCCUGUUGGUUUUGUCUGAUGCAAGUUCGCUGAAUUCAGUUCGGCCGUUGGGCAGUCAAAAUGACCGGCGACGCCGGUGACAGAGCGAUGAUUCUGAGGGUCCCGGCACCGUUCCCGAACGUUCUGACGCUGACGCCCCCACGCGACAAAUUCGAGCGGACCGCGAGGACAUGUUGUCAUGGAGACGAAUGGAACGGUGGAUGGCCAAAGCCCGGUGGAGAAUGGCCAGCCUCCUGACCCCGCCCACUGGGCAGUGGCGGAUGUGGUGGAGUAUUUCAGAGCCGCUGGCUUUCAGGAGCAGGCCUCCGCCUUCCAGGACCAGGAAAUCGAUGGAAAAUCCCUACUACUGAUGACCCGGAACGAUGUUCUUACUGGGCUGUCAAUCAAGCUGGGCCCCGCCCUGAAGAUCUACGAGUUCCACGUGAAGCUGCUGCAGACGCAGCACCUGAAGAGCGGCACGGCGUAGCGCCCCCCGCAGGCCAGCAGGGGCGGAGCUACGAGCAGGCUCCUGCUCUGUGGAGCAGCUGAGCCUGCAGUUCAUUAUUUCAGCCACAUGGGGGGGCGCUGUUAUUCAAUCCCGCCGAGUUCCUGGACGGACCCACGCAUGGACGUUCCCUUAGGAAUCGAACGCACAAAGGUGCGUUUCCUCAGCGACGGACUCAAGGAACUCCAGACGAGCACAUUCUGAAUGUGCCACUGAAGCCAAGAGCAGAACCAGAGAAAACCGGAACAAACCGGAACCUGCCUGUUCAACGGACCUGGUCGGACGCAAGAAAGACAAACCUGCUCAGCCCUGACCAUGUUCCAGAACAAAGUCUACCGUCGUUAUGAAAGUAGAAUAUUUGAAUAUUGGUAAAAAGUAAGCGUGAAGUCCAUAAUCUGCAGGGUGGCUCCUGGUUCGUUCCUAUGGGGCUGAAGUUAUUCCCCAUGUUUUUUGGCACAGGUGGGACACCGUAGCCUUGCGGCUGCCCGGCUCACACCGCCACUGGUGGCUCGGUUCGGCAGUAUAGGAGGGCCAUGCCUUUUGGGAGGAGCUCAAGGGGAAGGACGGGAUGG